CUUCUCGCGUCUAAUACGAAUUCCCUCUGUUUCGUAGUUUCGUCUACUCACUCUGCCAAUGCUUGAGAGAAAAAAAUAACCAAGAGCAAACAUGGAUACAGGCGAUUAUCAGCGCUACCGGCGUGAACAGCUGGAAGCCGUUUCGAAUCAGAGCGGGAGCUCGGCCAGCGACGUCCUCUUCGUGAUAUUUCCCAACUUUGGUAGCAUCCUCUUGGCCCUAACCCUUAUAACACUGUUUGGUCACAGGAUCAACGAGCUCGGGCGAAUCUUCAUUGAAUUCUCCACUGUCAUCGUGUCCUGCAUUCUCUGUUGCACUGUGCUGUCGGACAAGGUUGUCAUCAUCUGCCAAAUUUUUUUCAUACUAUCGGCUGCCAACAUCCUGUCGAUCCUGUCAUUCAAGCCCAAGGACUCUUUGAAAAGUUUGCACAAUGAAACUUCCAGCAAGAUUCCCUUUGUCACGAAUUUCCGAGCCAUGACGAACAUUAUUUCCAUCAUUUGCAUCCUUGCCGUUGACUUCAAGUGUUUUCCUAGAAAGUACGUCAAGACAGAAACUUACGGUUACAGUCUCAUGGAUACUGGAGUGGGUUUAUUUAUCAUGGCCAAUGCCUUGGUGUCACCAGAAGCCAGACUUGUUGAUUCAGAUACAAAGAUGCCAUUUCUCAAAGGCACCGUCAAAACAAUCAAGGGCUGCAUUCCUCUGCUUGUACUUGGUCUAGCAAGAUAUGUGUCUGUUGAAAUUAUCGGAUAUCAAAAGCACGUCACAGAGUAUGGCGUGCACUGGAAUUUCUUUUUGACCUUAGUCUGUGUCAGAUUAUUUACCGGAGUGCUUUCAAAGAGUCUCAGCUCAAAGUAUUCCCUGUUAACAGGUUUGUGGAUUUUAGGAAUGCACGAGUACGCUCUGAGUACACAGGGACUGAAGGAGUGGGUCUUAAGCGAUGAACCCAGAGAUGACUUGAUAUCAGCAAAUAGAGAAGGCUGGGUAUCAAUACCUGGUUACGUGGGACUUUAUUUGCUGGGUGUGGCUCUGGGAAGACUGAUAUACUCUACGUACAAGGAUCUGGACAGUCAGCUGGUUUUUCAUGUUAAAUUUUCAACUUAUGAAUUUCAUAUUGGAUACACGCGAUCAAUGUCGCUUACUGUCAAGCUUUAUGCAAUUGCUAAUGUGGCAUUUCUAGUUACGUAUUAUUGUGAACGUUACUUCCUCGUGUCGAGGAGAUUAGCCAACUCUGGAUACUGUGCAUGGAUAUUUACAAUUAGUGCUUUAUUUCUCACCUGUUUUCUGAUGAUCGAUGUGAUCAUGGAAUGUAUUACUGGCUGUGUUAGGGACAAAUGUCGGCGCAAAGUGGCCAAGCAUUUGCGUCGCGACGACUUGAAUGCCAAGGAAAGCGUCAUUGUGGUAAAAACAUUAGAAAUAUUUGAAGCAGUCAACGAAAAUGGUUUGUUAUUUUUUUUAUUUGCCAAUUUAUUGACUGGUGCCAUUAAUAUGACCAUAAAAACUUUGCACGUCGACGAGCCCCAAGCAGUGAUUAUCAUUAUUACUUACAUGGUGACAAAUUUGACUUUGGUGUUACUGCGUUACAGAGGAAAAAAUAUCCUUAGUGCCAAAAAGAAGAACUAAGUUGUUCCAACAUCUGUGAUUAAAUGUGUUGAAAAUUUUUGAGGGUGUG